UGGAUGAAUUUAUGACAAGUAUUUUCUAUUCCGCCAUCCUAAUUUCAUUGACACGUUUAAUUGGGACAACAAUGGAAAAGAGAAAACUGAGAAGGGAACAUAUCUUCAGACAAUGGAGGCCCCUUGUGCAGAAUCUGAAGAAAAAUGGUCGAAAGAGGAUCGAUUUGCUGCGGUUACAGAAUGAAAGCAGGGAAGAUUUGGCUAAUAUUGAACUGAUAAAAAUGGAAGUUAAAACAUGCAAUUUUUGGAGUUUCAAAUACAAUCGGCGUGUUUCUCUUUUGAUUCUGAUCAAAGUCUUCACCUGUGUGGGAGUUCAAUCCAUCAGGAAUGACUGUCAAUGGAUGCUGUGAUUAUAUGGGCGGGAAAAGCACAUGUGAGAUUGACGGUAGAACAGCACGUGGCAGGAUAUAGUGUUAAAAAAAGGACACUUGGCAUUUAAGAGAGUGUUUUAUUAAGCAUGGAGAUGGAGAUAUUCAUUAAUUUUAACAAAAUGAUCAUACCAACCACGAAAUACACAUUGCGACUCAAAUGGUCCAUACAUAUAAAAGUGCAUUUGUCACUUUCAAGUGAACAACUUCCCUGAGGCCUUUUACGAUUGUUAAAAUAACAACUCUUGGAGUCAUCAAUGGUAGAUGAAAGUAAAGAUCCUUAAUCCUUCUUAUUUGAAAACAUUUAAUCGUCAUCAACGGUUCAAGAACAUAUUAGGUAGUAUAUUUGGUGUUUUAGGAUAUUUUGUAACGAUAUAGUUGUUUUUUUGGGAGCUUCGUACCUCUAUUAACAAUGGCAUAGCGGAAAUCAACGUAAGAUUUAAAGAAUAUUCAUUUAUGAAUGAAGAACCUACUCGCA